CGUUGAAAUUCAUUUUUGUAGAUUUCACACUACCAAAGACUUUCCCGGCAAAACACCAGAGGUCUGCCUCGAUGUCGAAAACACCCUCAAACCCUUAUCAAAUUUUCAAAUCAUACCCUCCCUGUGUUCUUCUCCUUCUUCUCUUCUUCAAUGUCACGGUAGCUUCUGAUGAAGAACAAUCAAUCUUACUGAAACUUAAACAACAAUGGAAAGACCCACCAUCUCUUGAUUCCUGGAAGAUAACUUCAUCUUCAUCUUCAGCUCAUUGUGAGGAUUGGGAAGGAGUCUAUUGUGAUGAAAAUAACUCUGUAACGAGUAUUAUACUUGUUGAGAAGAAUAUCACUGAAAAAAUCCCAUAUUUUCUCUGUGAUUUGAAAAAUCUUACUGAGAUUGACUUUGCAUGGAAUCUUAUUCCCGGAGAUUUCCCAGAUUUUCUUCUUCAGAAUUGUUCAAAUUUGGUAAAGCUAGAUCUUUCUCAGAACUGCUUAGUUGGUCAAAUUCCUUCUGAUAUCGAUAGGUUUCUCGUUCUUGAAGAUUUGAAUCUUGGUGGAAACAAUUUCACCGGCGAUAUUCCAAAAUCAAUUGGGAAAAUCUCAGGGUUAAAGACACUUUAUCUUCAUCAGAAUCUUCUUGAUGGGUUAAUUCCAGCUGAAAUAGGUAAUCUUUCUAACCUAGAAGAAUUGAAUUUAAAUGAUAAUUCAUUUCCAGAGUGGAAAAUUCCUUCAGAAUUCGGUAAAUUGAAGAAAUUACAGGUUUUCUUGGGAACAAAUUCGAAUUUGAUUGGUGAAAUUCCUGAAAGUAUUGGUGGUUUAACUGAUCUUGUAACAUUAGAUCUUAAUACUAAUAAAUUAGAUGGAAAAAUUCCUAAUCAGUUAUUUUUACUCAAGAGUUUAACUUAUUUAUUUCUCUAUAACAAUAAAUUGUCUGGAGAAAUACCUGAGAAGAUUGAAUGCUUGAAUUUAGUUGAAAUCGAUUUGUCGAUGAAUCAACUAACCGGAACAUUACCUCGUGAUCUCGGGAAGUUAAAGAAGUUGGAGAUAUUUUAUUUAUACAUGAAUCAAUUGUCUGGAGAAGUUCCAGUUGGUCUAGCAAAGCUUCCAUCUUUGAAACAUGUCCGGCUAUUCACAAACAAACUUAAUGGAAGUUUGCCAGAAGAUAUGGGUUUGUUUUCCAAGCUUGAAACUUUUGAAGUGGCAGAAAAUGAGUUGACUGGGAACUUGCCGGAGAAUCUUUGUGCUGGUGGUGAAUUGACAGGAAUUGCUGCUUACGAGAAUCAUUUAACUGGGGGAAUAUCGAAAGUAUUGGAGAAGUGCAACAGUUUGUAUGUGAUUAAGCUGUACGAGAAUAGAUUUUCUGGGGAAUUUCCUGCUGGUAUUUGGUCGCUGAAAAAUUUAUCUACUGUAAUGAUAAACGAUAAUUCGUUUACGGGUAGUUUUCCUGAUGAAUUUGCUUCCAAUUUAACGAUAGUUGAGAUUAAUAACAACAGGUUUUCAGGUGGUAUUCCAAAAGAAAUGUCGCAGUCGAGUCUAGUUGUGUUCAAGGCGAAGAACAACCAGUUUUCCGGUGAGAUUCCGGGGGAACUAAGUGGACUGUCUAAUCUGCUUACUUUAUCACUUUAUGGAAAUCAGCUUUCAGGUCCAAUUCCAUCUCAGAUAAUCUCUUUGAAAUCUCUCAACUUCUUGAAUCUUGCACGUAAUCAGCUGUCCGGCGAAAUUCCUGAAGCUAUUGGUCAACUUCCUAGUCUCAUUGAACUCGAUUUGUCAGAAAAUCUUUUAUCCGGUGAAAUUCCAUCUCAGAUAGUCUCUUGGAGAUCUCUUAACUCGUUAAAUCUCUCACGGAAUCAGCUGUCUGGUGAAAUUCCUGAAGCUAUUGGCCAGCUUUCUAAUCUCAUUGUACUAGAUUUGUCAGAAAAUCUUUUGUCAGGUGAAAUUCCAUCUAAAAUUGGCCAGUUUUUGACUAUCACCUCUCUCAAUCUUUCGUCUAACCGGCUCACUGGGAGAAUACCGUCCCAAAUUGAUAAUCUUGCAUAUGUGAAUAGCUUCAUGAACAACUCAGGCCUUUGUGGGCACAACCUCGAGCCAAGUGUUCCGUCUUGCAUUUCUGAACCAUACCAAAAUCCCAACAAGUCAUCUUCUAAGGUGCUAAUAGUGGUCUUGAUCAUUACAGCAGUGAUUUGUCUUGGUGUUGUAUCAUUCGGUUUGUUUGCGUUCAGAGACUUCAGAAGGAAAUGGAACGAAAGAGAUAUUUCUACUUGGAAACUAACUUCUUUCCACAGGUUACAGUUCACAGAAUCAGACAUCCUGUCAAGUUUGACUGAGAACAAUAUGAUUGGUAGCGGUGGUUCGGGGAAGGUGUAUCGAGUUGAUAUUAGUGGUAUAGAGGAAUCUGUAGCUGUUAAGAAAAUAUUCAACAAAGGGAAGUUGGAUAAACAGCUCGAGAAGGAGUUCCAAGCAGAGGUUCAAAUCUUGGGUACAAUCCGACAUUUGAACAUUGUGAAAUUACUAUGUUGUGUUGCUUGUGAUAAUUCAAUGCUCCUUGUUUAUGAAUACAUGGAGAAUCGGAGUUUGGAUCAAUGGCUUCAUGCAAAGAAGAGAGGAUUCCCGGGGUCUGGUUCAGUACGUCGUGCUGCAUUGGAUUGGCCUACCAGGUUACAAAUUGCGAUUGGAGCUGCUCAAGGGCUUUGCUAUAUGCAUGAUAGCUGUUCUCCUGCGAUCAUUCACCGCGAUGUGAAAUCCAGCAAUAUCUUGUUAGAUCACGAGUUCCGAGCAAAGAUUGCUGAUUUUGGAUUAGCCAGGUUGUUGGACAAGCAUGGAGAGCCUCAAACAAUGUCUGCAAUGGCGGGUUCUUUUGGAUAUUUCGCUCCCGAAUACGGCUACACAACGAAAGUAAAUGAGAAGGUUGACGUCUAUAGCUUCGGUGUGGUGCUUCUUGAACUUGCAACUGGAAGGGAAGCCAAUAGAGCAGAUGAACAUACAGGCCUAGUAGAAUGGGCGAGGUAUCGGUUUGAUGAGGGAAAAUCUAUUACUGAUGCCUUUGACGAAGAGAUCAAGGAGCCUUGUUACUUGGAUGAAAUCAGUUCUGUUUUCAAACUUGGUCUUGUUUGUACUGGCACGUCGCCUUCAACCAGACCUACCAUGAACGAGGUUUUGGAAAUCCUGCUCCAGUGUGGACCUCAACAGGGAUUUCAUGGAGUUAAGAACACAAUGAAGACUGAAGAAGAUGUUAAUCCCCUCCUUGUCGAUGAACGUAAUCUUUUUAACCACAAAGGAAGCAAGGGAAGCAGACGGUCAGUGAGGCAUUCAGAUGACUGUGACGAUAGCUUGGUAUGUAACAACGUGUGAUGGUUUGUAGUGUCACAUUGUUAGCUUUUAGCUUUUAGAGUGUUGCAUUGCUAAAUCUUAGCUCCAGGCAUUAACAUGCAUAGCAGACCGGGGUUCUCCACCCAAAAAGCGAAGACCUGCUGGUGUUUGUAAUGUGAGUAGCUCCGAGCAGGGUCUGUCGUAGGCCUAAAUGCAAGAUCUGUCGUAGACCUUAAUGGUUCGUCAUUUAUGACUAGGCAGGGUGCAACAAUGAUGCUGGUUUAGCACACAAGUAAGAGUGCAAGUAUCGCGAGCUUCAUUUGCUAGAGUGGUUUUCAUAAGUGAUGCCCCUUGUGAAUUAUGGAUCAUGUAAUAUAUUUCACUGAAUAAGGUUCCUUGAAGUCUAGAUUUUGAAUGUG